UACGGCUACGGCUACGGCGGACACCACCACCGCUGGUCCUUCUCCUCGUCCUUCCUCUACUCGCUCACGCUCAUCACCACCAUCGGGUACGGCAGCGUGUCGCCGCGGACUCCGUGGGGGAAGGUGGUGACGAUCGUGUACGCGCUGGUGGGCAUCCCGCUGAUGCUGGUCUACCUGUCGACGGUGGGCGACGUGCUGGCGCGCAGCUUCCGCCGGCUGUACGGCCGCCUCUGCGGGCUGGGCGGCGGGGGCGGCGCCGGCCACCACUCCAGCGCCAAGGCAAAGCUGGCCGCCGCCGCUGGCGUCGGGGUCGGCGUCGACUACCCGCACAAGGCCGUCAACAGCAUCGCCGCCGACGGCAAACUGCUCUACCCGCACCACAGGCACAGCGCGGACAGCGACGACUUCUGCAAGUCGGUGGUGCUGGACUGCGGCGGCGAGGGCAUCGCGGCGGGCGCGUCGCCGCUGGAGGCGCCGCUGCCGCCCCCGCAGCCCGCCCCCGCCGCCCGCGUGCCCGUCUCGCUCUGCCUGUGCAUCGUCGUGGCGUACGUGUGCGCCGGCGCGCUGCUGUUCAACCGGCUGGAGAACUGGACCUUCCUGGAGGGCUCCUUCUUCUGCUUCACCAGCCUGGGCACCAUCGGCUUCGGCGACCUGGUGCCGGGCGGGCUCGACGGCACCGCCCACCAGCAGCUCAGCGUCAUCGCCAGCUCCGCCUACAUCCUCGUCGGCAUGGCGCUCGUCGCCAUGUGCUUCAACCUCGUACAGGUGAGCGAAGUGAAUGAUGCGUCCUCCUCAUGA